CGCGCCAGUGAUUCAUCCGCAGUUUCCAGGCUGCGCGCAGGUGGAGGCGAAGGGGAGAGAAAACAGCCGUUCGGGACGGAUCGGAUAAAGCAGUCAGGGAUGUUUAAUAGGCGCAAGAUUUGAAACAAAUCAAUAUCUAUUUUUAAAAAAAAUAUUAUUUUAAAAUUACCAGCCUGAGUAUUUAACAUUUCGGAGCUGUGAUCGCCUUCCAGACAAGAAAGAGAGAGAGAGAGAGAAAGAGAGAUAGAGAAAAAAAAGUUUGACUCCUUUAAAAAAAAAUGCUGCUUAGCUCCGCUGCUGUUUUUUCACGCAGUGCUGUGGAUUUCGGCGUCAGCGUAAGUGGCCAGUCGUCAUUUGAGAAAUAGCUGCGAUUCUUUCGCUCUUUAAUUUCGGUGCCAAUUACACCAGAAGGAGGGGAGCGUCUUUAUUAUUAUUCCCGCACAGCGCCUCUCUCCUCGGCCAGGAUUGCAUCCAUCUGAAUUACUCCAUUAUGGACUUCCUCGGACUGUACUUUCUUCAUCUGGCUCUCAUCGGAGUCCCCCACGUGGUUCUCUCUGCAGGCGGGAGGGACUGCCUGCGCGCCGGAGACACCUGCUCCAGCGACGACUCGUGCAGCCCGCGACUGCGCACCCUCAGGCAGUGCGUGGCAGGGGACGGCAGCAUGAAGCUGGGGCCUGGCGCGCGAAACCAGUGCGAGAAUGCCAUGACGGCGCUGCUGUCCACCCCCCUGCACGGCUGCCAGUGCAAACGCGGGAUGAAAAGGGAGAAGAACUGCCUGAGCAUCUACUGGAGUCUUCACCAGUCUGUGCUGCACGGUCUUAGCCUCGUAGAGAACUACCCCUAUGAGCCAGAGGAGAGGGGCUCUGACUACGUUCGUCUGGCCUCCAUUGCUGCAGAAUCUGAAGUAACGACAGUGAACCGCUGCCUGGAUGCCGCCAAGGCGUGCAACAUAGAUGAGACAUGUCAGAAGCUGCGCACAGAGUACGUCUCAGCCUGCAUCCAGCCGUCAGCCCGCUCGGGGCCAUGUAACCGACCAAAGUGCAACAAGGCGCUCAGGAAGUUCUUUGACCGCGUUCCCCCUGACUACACCCAUGAGCUGCUGUUCUGUCCCUGCACCGACACAGCCUGCGCGGAGCGCCGCAGGCAAACCAUUGUGCCAUCUUGCUCUUAUGAAGAAAAGGACAAGCCCAACUGCCUGGCUCAGCUGCGAGACUGCAAGCAAGACUAUGUGUGCAGGUCUCGCUGGGCACAGUUCCAGUACGACUGUGAAGCGUCUGAGCACAGCGCCAGUGGCUGCAAGAGGGAGAACCAUGGAUCAUGUCUUCUUGCAUACACCGGCUUGAUAGGAAGCACAAUAACUCCCAACUACCUUGACAACUCCACCUCCAACGUGGGACCCUGGUGCUCCUGUGCAGCAAGCGGCAAUCACAGGGAACAAUGCAACGACUUCUUGGCUUUUUUCCAUGACAACGUUUGUCUGAAAAAUGCCAUCUUAGCAUUCGGGAACGGAUCGGACGUGAAAACGGGUGCCAGUCAGCCUGGAAUGUCAAGUCCAGCGACGGACAACCAGAGUCCGCACUUGGCAACCACCGCCUCGGGCAUCUCCAUGGAAACAGAGCAGAACGUCCUGCGAGCAGAGAUACCUACUCAGGUAAACGGGAAUGACAGAUUGUGGGGCGACGAGGGAGCCUCCACUCUUCCUUCUCCAGGACUUUUGGACCAUGGGUCUGAGCCCGUCCACCUCUCCAUGCUGCUCAUCUUAGGCUUGCCGAUCCUGGUGCUGCUCUCCCAACCAUAGGUCCCUUUAGUGACCUUUACGGACCGAGCUGUUCAGAAACAACAGGGAGGGGGGUUGGGGCGCGAGAGAGAAACAGCCAUUCCCCGUGGGUCAGACGAUGGUGAGGGGGGGGGGGGAAGAGUGAGCUCUGUCCUGCCCCACUCCCUUCUCCCUGCCAUACACAAGAAUCCCACCUACUCUCUUUUUGUGAAUCAUGACUCAGAACACAGAUGUGUUGUGAAGGAUACGCCACAGCCAGGACCACAGGAAAAGGUGCUACCACUGCACCACAGGGGGGGGGAAAAAAGAGGUUCCACACAUCAUUCCCUGCUGCACACCAGCCCAACUUUUACAGAAAAACACACACAGACUUCUCUCAGCUGCAUAUCUACUGAGAAAAAAGGCCAACAGGAUCAGGCAGUGUACAGUGAAGAGACACUGAGAACGCAGUGACCGAAAGCAUUAUAAAAUAUAAAUAUAUAUAUAUAUAUAUAAAAAAAAUUAACUAAUAAAUGAUUUUCUUUGUUCUUGAACAUUCCUUGAUGUAGAAAACAUUAAAUGUAAAGAUUCUUCUCUCAGACGACGUCUUACACGAGAUUUAAGGUGGAAUGUGUGUGUUUGUCCACAUGCAGCGCUCCGCCUGUUUAGCUUCGCUCCUUUCAGUUGACGCCACAUAUUUGAUUUGAAACGGUUGCUGCCAGAAAUGUUAGAUAGAAGCACAUGUUAUAACCCGAGUCAAACCACAGUGAGAUUCCCUGACAGUCCGUGGUCGUGUUUUGAUUUGGACGUUGAAGAGUUCAGUUCCAACAAUGGCAAAAAUGUCUCCCUGAAAUGAUAUUAACAUUGAACAAAGACGUAUAUGUCAGUGUUUUAUUUUGUCAAUCAUAAACUGAUGAUGUCCGUUUUCAUUUUUACUUAAUUUGGGGUUUUUAAGUCAUAACUUGAAAUAGUCUUCUUCGGAUUCCACAGACUAGGAAAGGAAACUGCAAGUGUUGACAUUUUGUUCUGGUGGAACCAGCCUGCAAGUUGAGGUUAAAAAAAAUACAAAAAGAGACCACAGGAGCCAUAGAGAGAAUAAAUUGAAAAGGUAAAUGAACAAAGACGGCAAAUAAACUCAAACAGGUUCAUAAGCUGAUCCAAAGUAGCCCUAAAAUGUUUAAAUCUGCUUCUAAAUCUGGUUUCACGUUAUUUUAUGUCAGGCAUUCACGUGACCAUGACUCCCUGAUAGCAAAGGCAGAAUAUGUUCAGGACUGUUGUGAUGUAAAAGCAGGGAGUCAUGGCACACACCCCUGCUGCCAAGGAUGAAAACAGUAAGACAUUUUUAUGUUUCUUAUUAAAAUGUGAGGAUCAAGGGACAGAAAAUGUAAACUUACACCAAAACAAGUUAUCUACUGAGCCAGAGGAGCCGAGGGAUUGUCUGAAAAGGCAAAUCACAGACGAUCCCUUGUGGUUUCUCAUCCCAGUUCUGGGCCCAGUGGCUGGCUAAGUGGAUCUCUCUUAUCUGAGGCCCCUCGCAGUGCACAGCCUAGCUACAGUAGCACUACUGCCAUCUGACAAAGUACUUCUUUCAGGAGAAUGAUGUCCCCCUGAUCCAAAUUGUCCCACUGAAAACCUUUGGGGACCGAUGACAGGACAGAUUUACAAAAAUGGGUGUCAGUUCCAGACCAUGGGUUGAUGCCCUUUGCAAAGCAACAAAUGGCAUCCAGCCCCACAUGGAGCAGUUUUCCCCCUAACCUACUGGAAAUACUCGCACCAAGCAUGCCAAAUUUGAGGAAAUAAUCACUAAGAUUAAUGGGUCUACCCGUUACAGAGUCCUUUUUUAACACAGUUCUGUUUGGGCUUUGGAGGGCUAGAGUUUUAAAGUUUUGUUUGUCUUUCAAUACAGUUUUCAAUCAUUGGUUUACUUUGUUUUAUUUUACUCCAGUGUCUUCUUUUUGCAUUUUGAGGGGCUAAACUUACAACCUGGUAACAACACAUCAGCAUUAAAUGUGAAUACUUGCAACUUUUUGUUCUUUUUGUUUGAGCGUUUAGUAAAAUGUGUAUGAGUAGAUGCCACCUCUUGUAAAUUUUGAAUACCUCACUUUGGAAGGGAACUCUUCACACAUUCAUUCAUUGAGCUUUAAAUGUGAGGACUUUGGGUCUGUUCCUUUUCAGAUGUAUUUAAAAAAAAAAACAUGAUUUUUUUUUUUGUGAAGCUGCGAGAGAUUGAGACAAGUUUAUAUUUUAUAAAUGUAUGUGGACUUUGUUGCAAUGACAACAGUUAUGAAGAACCGGUGAGACGUAAAAAGGUGGGGAUCCGGGAGCAGACACCCCCGCUGUACAUGAGACGAAAGCGGUGACCCAUGUCACCCGCUGGCCUGCUGGCGUCUUCACUCAACAUGGGACAUUGACAAUUUAGCCGUACUAUAAAAAGCACAGGUCUGCUUUUUAUAGUGGACGUUUCAAUCAAGCAUAGUGUGAGUUUUGGGUAACUUUCAGUUCUGCCAUUGAAUUCAGUGUAAUACUGUGAAUUGUCAAACGAUGUAACAAAAGGCUGAAAAUGUAAAAAGCCGAGCUGUCAGCAGACUGGAUGGAGCUCAUGCCGAGAAAAGCAAACUCUGUCAGCUCCUGAUGACGUCAUAAUAGCACAGAAGGUUUUGUUUUCACAGGUUCUACAAGAUGUGAUGCUCUGUGUUGCCCAUGUCUUUCUUUCUUUUCUAAAUGAGACCAGAAAUGUGUUUUACAAAAGGAAUUAAAAGGAAUCCAACAUGUAA